UAUGUUGUGUUCAAAGGAGUUAUUUAAAAAAUUGGCAUUAAUUAUUAAAGGGUGUUAUUAGCGUAAUUGCAUAUUGGUAAUGUAAUUAGUUUGUUGUCAACUUCCUUCGAAGUUACUUAUCUAAAAGGACGUAAAAAAAAGUUGAUUUUAUUAGGUACCAGAUUUUCCGCAUACGGCAUUAACAACUUGGCCGGACAAAUGGGGAGCGCAAGUUAAGAAAGGCAUGUCAAAAAUAAAAACGAAAAAUAAUGAACUCAAGAUAUCUGAAACUGCUCUCGUUGAAGAAAUUCAAGAAACAAGUCUGUCUAGCUGUGCUGGUGUGUCUGCUCCUCUCCAUCGCUAUCCUCCACACCAGGUGGUCCCUGUUCACUGAUGAAAACGUCUCCUGUCACUACACGGCGGUAGAAGACAGCCUGCCACUCUUCGUCGACCUCUCUUCUCCUGUCACCAUCUUUCAGUUCCUCGGUUAUGAGAAAGUGGACCAGAGGGAAGACAGAGACAGAAGAUAUAUCUUCUUCCAUGAGACCUCUUGUAGAGGAGACUUGACGCCAAGACAGGCAUGCGCAAUAGAGUCGGCGGCGCGCGCGCACCCCAACUGGACGGUCAUCGUAUUGUUCUCUUCCUCGGUAUCUGCUCGGGCGGGGCGCGCCGGCGGGCUGCGGCGGCUGAUACUACCUAACGUCAAAUAUGCUCGAGUGAAGCUGCCCGACUACGUCAUGGGGACGCCGCUCCAGGACAUAGUGCUCCAGGGGAAACUCAACAGUUCCAGCUACCCCCACAGCCACACGUCAGACGUGCUCCGCUACACCACGCUCUACAAGCACCCUGGAGUAUAUCUCGACCUGGACGUGGUGGUAGCCAGGAGCAUCGACGAGCUGGGCGGCAGCUUCGUGGUGCGAGAGAGCGACCACGCUGUCGCGGCCGCCGUUAUAGCGUUUGACGAUGGAGAGGUCGGCAGGAGUGUCGCCAGGGCUGUUGCUUGGGAGAUGAAGGAGACGUUCCGAGGUGACGAGUUCGGUCACAACGGUCCCGGGGUGAUCACGAGGGUGCUGGCGCGCCGCUGCGGGACUGACGACCCCUCCGCCAUGAAUGCUUUCAUGUGCCAGGGCCUGAAGGUGUACGGCCCGGAGCUGGCGUACCCGAUACCCUGGCACGAAGCGUACAAGUACUUCUCGGACGCUGGGUCGCAGCCAGUCUUGGCCGACAGUAGCCACUCGCAGCCACUCCUGCCCGCGCGGCUGUUCCACGUGUGGGGCCGUUUCAGCAGCCACUACUCCGCGCACGCAGGCAGCCUCUACCACCACCUCACCAGAAAAUACUGCCCCACCAUCUACGCAGCAUUCCCUCAAGAGUUCGGACGAUAGAGACAAGAACUGAAUAUUUUCUACUAAGGUU